AAGAGGAAGAUGCGGGCGGAGAAGAGGAAGAAGAACGCGCCCAAGGAGCUGGAGAGGCUGAAGAAAAUCCUGGGAACCACCGCGGAUGUCGUCAUGGAGGAGGUCAAGGAGGUGGCGACCGUGCUGCCGCCCAAGAAAGUCCUCGAGCAGGGGGAUGACAGCAAAAUGGACAUAGAUAAUAAACGAAACAAAAAAACUCUUCUAGACCAGCAUGGACAGUACCCAAUAUGGAUGAAUUCCAGGCAGAGAAAGAAGCUUAAGGCACAGCGUGUUAAAGGGAAAAAAAAAUCAAAGGUGGCUAAAGGCCUGGUCUGGUAAAAUCAGAGUUUCAUGAGAUCAUGAAUAUUUUACUCACAAAAUAAAUAUCCCAGCUACCUA